CCACACCAGCUGUCUGCGGACUCCCGGUUCCCACCCGCGUCCAUGGCAGCGCCGGGACCCCGUGUCUUUCGGGCUGCGCUUUGCGGCGGCUACUGCUGCCUCCUCCUGUGUGCUCAACUCGCUGUGGCUGGUAAAGGAGCUCAAGGCUUUGGGCGGGGAGCCUUGAUCCGCCUGAAUACCUGGCCUGCUGUCCAAGGGGGCUGCAAACAACUGGAGCUCUGUGAGCGUUGUGUGGAGGGGGACAGAGCACACAAUUUCUCAGGCUGCGUGUGGCAGCAAUGUCGACUACAGGAACCAGGACACUGUGUGGCCCAAGCUGAGGUGGUCAAGGAGGGUUGCUCUGUCUACAACCGCUCAGAGUCCUGUCCAGCUGCCCACCACCAUCCCACCUAUGAACCAAAGACAAUCACAACAGGGAGCCCUGUGAUCCCUGAAGCCCACAGCUCUGGCUUUGAUGGUGCCAGCUUCAUCGGGGGUGUUGUGCUGGUGCUGAGCUUGCAGGCGGUGGCCUUCUUCGUGUUGCGCUUCCUCAAGGCCAAGGAUAGCACUUACCAGACACUGUGAGUACCUGGCAGCAGGGGAGUCCCAGCAUACUUCCCUUACUCCUCCCUGCCCAGGGAAUUGUCUUCUCCACGGGGUAACCCAAAAGAUAAUGACUCCCUCCCCAUGUCCCCUAUGUGAGGCACCCCCCUUCUCUCCUCCAAUAGGGGCUCCCUGCUAAUGUUAGCUGGGACCAGGAUUCAGCCUGGGCCCCAUGCUUGGCAGUUCAGCUGAGCCCCACUGUGUCUUUGUCCCCACAUGCUGCCAGCAGGGAGGAGAACCAGUAGGUGAUGGCUCAGGCAAGUCUUCAGCCAGUCUGGGGCCGUGGGCAGGAGCCAGACUGUGUGAAAGUGUGGUGUCCUCUGAGAAGGGAGCCGUGCGUGGCUCCGUGUGCCGUGUGCUGUGGGGUGGGUCGCUGCAGCCUGCGUUAAAGUGUUUGCUCUUCCAGCUUCACCUGCUCUCUGGGGGGUGAGAGUCUUUGCCCAACUGAGGUAGGGUCACCUCCCCUAAGUGUCUCUCUGUGUGGCCUCCUCAGAAUCUGACCCCUUUGGGCCUGGUCUUCACACUGAGGGGAAGGAGGACUCAGAGGCUGCCCUCUUGGCCACUUUGUGGGCACUGGGGGUGGGAAAAUCUUUGGCCAUCUGUUUCUGGCCCCUGUGGAAACUGAGCAGGCUCAGCACCCAAUCCCUGACCUCCCCUCCUGUCCUGGGCCUGCCACCUACAGCUGAGAACAUCCCUCAACCACCUCGUGUCUCAUCUGUGGACCCUGCUGGGCCCCUCAGCCUGGUACCCGGGGUCUGUGCCGCCUCUUCCUACCAACUUAGCCUGGGCUCUCCCCCCAAAUAAAGGAACUGUUUCCGGU